GUGAUUCCAGGGACCAGGAUCACUUUUUAUUGAUUCCAGGGACCGGAUCUCAGUUUCCAGUUCCAACCAAAAUUACUGCGCAUGCGUUUAGAAAAAACUCAGAGCAUCUUCCGGGUCUUUGUCAGUUUUACUGCAGCGGAAAGUUCUAGAAUCAUUUUAAGAUUGAUAUUUGUUCUGUGAGGAUUCGUAUAAAAAGUUCGUCACAUAUUUCAAGUUUUUACGAUUUGAGUUUAUAUCUUUAAGCUAAAGAAGCUCGUUAUUGAGUACUAGGUUUUUUCAGACUCAAGGAAUAAGGAGGAAGUUUGGACGGAUAAAAGUGGUUUUCUAUCUUAUAAAUCGUCGGAGGCGAAUUAAGUUUUGAAUCGAGAUAUGUGAUGCUAUGAGAGAUGAAUAAAUGAUGAGAAGUACUGUUUCUGUUCUUAUCUGUCAUUAGCAACCUAGAUUCCAAGACUCGUUUUUCAACGAUGAUUUCGAGAGGAAAGAGGCAGGAGAGAAAACCUGAGCAAAACCCUUUAGUGGCCUUCAGUUGUCAAGAAAUGAUGACGAGGGCUGCAAGGAAAAUGAUGAGUGCUAGGUCUGGUCCUAGCUCAGAUGAGAUGCAUGUCCUGGUCCGGAGAGAUCAGAUCAAUCCUUGGAGAUCAUCAGGGGACCUGGAGAAGUCUAACCUUAUGCGAUCAUAUGUAGGACACCGUCCAGUCAUGGGAAGAGGUUCGGAUAGAAGCGUAAUGUCAACUUAUCUGAAGAAUGUUAAUCAGUCAGGAGUUCAGAUACCAAGAGGAAUAAAGUUUGAUGAUUUUUUACCUGCUGGAGCUCCAAUACUGGAUUUCCUCGCAGUGUCCAUGGGGAAGAUGGAGUGUUGGCAGUUCCCAUCCAAGACUGAGAUUAAUAGUUAUCAAAGAAACCGGGGUUUAUCUCUUAACAUGCUGCAGGAGGUUGAGGUCAAGGAGGUGAUUAUAGGAGAAACCACCCCGGAGCAAUGCAAUGAGAUCUUCUCCUGGUUUUGGAGCAAGCAUGAGAAGGAUCAGAAGGCUUAUCCUACAGCAGUCUGUUCUAUGGAUAAUGAGGAAAUUAAGAUCAGCCUGCUGGAUGUCUACAGAAUGGCCGGAAAGAUUGGGACAAUUUUUCCUAGAAAGAUUUCUGAUGAGUUGCAUGACCACAACCUAGAGUCAAUCCCGGAGGAUAGAUGGAUGCAACUCCCUGUGAGAGUCAUGAUCGGAAACGGCAUCUCCUAUGCUUUGAUGAUCACCAUAGCGUUGGAGAGGAAUUCCAGGAACGAGUAUAUGCUGAACAGGAUUGUAAUCCAGGACGAAGUUCUAAACUUCAUAGAAAGCAUUCCUGUGUGUACGGGUCUUGGGGUAAGAACUGAUGUAGCUGAUCUUGAACUUUUUUAUUCUUUGUUCUCUGGUAGGGAAAUAUCAUGCGCUGGUUUCCUGGAUCUGAGCACAUUAUCUGUACUGGCUGGAUAUAAUAUGAGGGCCAUGAGUAUGACUCCGAUGGGAGUUAACGUUGUGGGACAUACUCUGAACAAGUGCGUAUCAACGGGAGAUGGGAAGUGGGCCUGGAAAUGGGAUGAGCUUCCAGAUUCUCUGAAGGUAUACUGUUUGGGUGAUUUGAGGUUUGGAUUCAUGACGUAUAAUAUAUUGACAGCAGUACUGAUCAGAGAUGUGUUCCCAGACCCUGAUAUUGUCCUGAAAUUCUUGGGGAUCGUUGAUCAGAUCAAAGCAGUCAGAUGGAUCCUGGAGAUGGUCUUGCUGUCCUUAGAUGGUGUAGAGGUCCAUAAUGUGGACUUUGAUGCAGCCAAGACUCGAUAUGAGAUGAUAAAAUCCCUCAGGUUCAGGUAUUCAUAUGAUUCUCCUCUAAUGGAUGUGAGUCCUGCCAGGGUUCUAAUUUGGUGUGAAAUCAUUGGAGAGUUAACCAACGGAGGAUGCAGGUUCCUGAGUCAUGCGAGAGAAUGGUUUAUUACUCAGGCAAGGAUCUUAAAAUCAUCCGGGUUUAAAUGGACAUGUGGGGUCAAGAUGAAGAAUAUAAAUCCUUACUUUCUCUCCUAUGCCAGAUUUGGAAUUUCUCCUCAUGUUAUCCACAAUGCGGAGUAUUUUGAGUCCGUACCAGCUUAUUCUGGAUUGUUCAGACCCUCAUCCCUGAAGUCUGCUCUAUGUCGGAUGAACCCAUCCACAGUAAAGCCUGCGACCUUGAGCAAGUUUGCAAGGAAGGAGGGGAAGGUGCUCAAGGCUGUGGUGUUUGAGUGGGCUAGAUAUUAUCCUCUCCAAAUCCAGGAUUUUCUGCAGAGAAUGAAGGAUGAUUUACCAUUUAGACACUACAUGCAAGGAUUGUACAGAGGAUUGAGGAUUAUCUUCAAGAGAAUCCAUGGUACCGAUGCAAUCAGGAUCCCGGAGCUUGAGGAGAAGUUUGAUAAUAAUCUGCAGAUGCAGCUCAAAGAGGAAGAAGCUAGAAAGGAGAGGUCUUGGGAGUUAUUCAGGGCCAGAGAGGCCAGAUGCCAACAUUUAUCUGCAGUCUUAGAAAAUAAGGAUCAGGAUGAUCAGUCCCUGUGGUUGGAUCGAAUCCCUAAGCUUCCUGGCUGGAUCCCUAGGAGGAAAGGCAGGAAGAGGGUAAGAUCAUCAUCUCGUCCAAGAUCUGCUUCCAAAAAGUCCAAGAUUCAAGUUUCACUUCCUCAAGGUUCUAGUGGAUCUGUGGAUUGUGAAGAUGAAGGAUCGGAAGAAGUAGUUGUGAUCAAUGAAGAUGAUGAAGUGCAGGUGGAGAUCAUGGACGAGGAUGAGUUCGAGACUCCUGGGAUAAAUGAUCCAAAACCGACAUGUAGGAAGAAGAUUGAUCAGAAGAGGAAGAAGAAGAAGGGAAAGAAGGGCAAGAAGGGUAAGCUGAAGAAGGAUACAAGGACCUAUGAUGAACUGAUAGAGGCGGAGAAGUAUGUAGAUUCAGACUCGGAGUUUGAUCUACAAUUUGACUUUACUGAGCAUUUGGCCUGAUCAGGUUUAUGGUGCAGAGUGGAGUGUUUUCUCCAGGCUGUUGGAAGAAUUGCUGCAUAUCGUUCAGUAUAUUUUUUUUUCAUAUAUUGCAUAUUGUUUUUUUUCAGUUUAAUUUUUUCAUUAGUACAGGAUACUUGAAACUUCAGUUUUUCUCAUGGAGUUGUUAAUGAUCAAGCAAUUUGCUCUUCCAUAUUAUUUGUUUUUUGAGAUUCAGUCAGAUUAUUGAUUACCAAAUGAACUUAUAGGGUGUUUUAUGUUUUUGUCGCCCUGGUGCAAACUGAUCUCAAUAUAUUACGGUAGUUAUUGAAUAAAGCUUUUUUGAUAAAUAUGUGUUCCAUUUUUUAUGGUCCUGGAAGUGUUCACAUGAUCUGAUCAUUAUGAAGAAUGUUGGGAAGACUUGCAAUGAAAAAAUAUAUAGAAACCUUGUCGGGUUCUGAAUCCUAGUACUCAUAGAGCUCAUGUUUGUUUUGCUUUGUGGUUGGUCUGGAAAUUCUCCCCGGCCGGGGUAUGUUAAGUGAUUCCAGGGACCAGGAUCACUUUUUAUUGAUUCCAGGGACCGGAUCUCAGUUUCCAGUUCCAACCAAAAUUACUGCGCAUGCGUUUAGAAAAAACUCAGAGCAUCUUCCGGGUCUUUGUCAGUUUUACUGCAGCGGAAAGUUCUAGAAUCAUUUUAAGAUUGAUAUUUGUUCUGUGAGGAUUCGUAUAAAAAGUUCGUCACAUAUUUCAAGUUUUUACGAUUUGAGUUUAUAUCUUUAAGCUAAAGAAGCUCGUUAUUGAGUACUAGGUUUUUUCAGACUCAAGGAAUAAGGAGGAAGUUUGGACGGAUAAAAGUGGUUUUCUAUCUUAUAAAUCGUCGGAGGCGAAUUAAGUUUUGAAUCGAGAUAUGUGAUGCUAUGAGAGAUGAAUAAAUGAUGAGAAGUACUGUUUCUGUUCUUAUCUGUCACUAGCAACCUAGAUUCCAAGACUCGUUUUUCAACGAUGAUUUCGAGGUAGAGAAACACUUGAUUUGAUUAUGCCUUAUUUUGGGUUUU